UGGUAUCUCAGUCAAGUGGACCAAUCUCAGUUGUUUUAAUUUUCAUGUGAAAUGAUAUUCCAAUAUCCAACAGCUAGGAUGUGAGGUUAUGCUCAAAUUCUUUGCCUUCAUCUUUUCUUUCUCACAUAAAUAUCUGUUUUUUUGUCUUUAUUAAAAUUUUAAAAAAAUCUGCUUGUCACCCAAUAAUUUAGACUAAAAAAGAAAAGAAAAAAAAAAGGUCGAAAUCAUACUUAUACAGGUAAAAAAAAAAAUUAGUUGAGCAACCAAAUUCGAAUUUCAAUUUCAUGUCACAAUCAUGCUACUCUGAAUUGGUAAUUUUCUGGGAAUUCUUGGCGCUCACCAGAUUUUUUUAAGGGCUGAAAAUUUUGUUAUGUGGAAAUAACUAUGAUUAUUUAGUGUUGCCAAGCUUAAUUUGAGGUAAAGGGGGCUUAUAUUUUGGUCUGAAAAUGGCUAAAAGUGAGGUGUUAAUUGAGAAGGAGGAAAUAGAAGAAGCUAGGGUUCCUAAAUCAAAGACACCUAGCCCUCUUCAAUGCUCAACACCUUCUAAAGAGAAGGAAAUUGAUGGGAUUCCUAAAAAUAAGACAUAUGCCCUUUUGAGUAGACCAUCAAGCAAAUUCUGGGAGAUUGCUCAAUGGAAAGAUGAGGCUUCUCGAGCUGUAUCGAGUCCUAGUAACAAUAGUUUACGAGGACGAAUAAGCGAGUUGGCUCACAAAAUUGAUUGGGAGUCUUUGAAGAAAACUUGUAGAGAGUGGUUUAAGAACCCUAUGAACUUGGCUUUGUUUGUAUGGAUAGUUUGUGUUGCUGUUUCCGGGGCGAUUUUGUUUCUGGUAAUGACUGGAAUGCUAAAUGGUGCCCUGCCGAAGAAGUCUCAGAGAAACGCGUGGUUUGAAGUCAAUAAUCAAAUCCUUAAUGCGCUUUUUACACUCAUGUGUUUGUAUCAACACCCUCAAAGAUUCUAUCACCUGGCAUUACUAUUGAGAUGGAAUCCACAAGAUAUAUCUAAGCUGAGAAAUAUUUACUGUAAGAAUGGUACUUACAAGCCCCAUGAAUGGGCACAUAUGCUAGUUGUUAUUCUGUUGCUUCAUUUGAAUUGUUUUGCUCAGUAUGGCCUUUGUGGUCUUAACGUGGGAUACAAACGAUCUGAGCGGCCUGUACUUGGAGUUGCAGUUUGUAUCUCAGUUGCCAUAGCUGCACCAGCUAUAGCAGGUGUUUACAUGAUUCUUAGCCCCUUAGGAAAGGAGUAUGGAUAUGAUCAAACUGUGGAUGAGGAAGCCCAGGUUCCUAUGACUGCAGCAAAUGGAAGUUUGAAUGGUUUAAGGUCAAAUUCGCUAGAGAAGAGGCGGUCCUUUGUGGUGAGAGAAGAUGGGAAGAUUGUUGAGAAUCAACCAACAUGGAGAGGAGGAAUUUUUGAUCUGUGGGAUGAUAUUUCUGUAGCCUAUCUCUCACUAUUUUGCAGCUUCUGUGUUUUUGGAUGGAACAUGGAGAGGUUAGGAUUUGGAAACAUGUAUGUUCAUAUUGCAACUUUCAUCUUGUUUUGCUCUGCCCCGUUUUGGAUUUUCAAUUUGGCUGGCCUCAAUGUUGAUAAUGAUACUGUCAGGCAGGCUUUAGGACUUACUGGGUUUGUACUUUGUGGCCUCGGUUUACUCUAUGGUGGGUAUUGGAGGAUCCGGAUGAGGAAGAGGUUUAAUCUGUCUGGCUAUACAUCUUGUUGUGGGAAACCUGCUGUUUCGGAUUGCUUUCUGUGGUUAUGCUGUUGUUGGUGCUCACUUGCUCAGGAAGUGCGAACCGCAAAUUUCUAUGAUAUUGCUGAAGACAAGUUGUGCAGGAAACAAGACGAUGGAGAUGACGAGCUGGGGAGUUCUCAUCUACCAUGCAAAGAUGGUGGUAUGACAAACAACAGCAAUUCAGACUCAAGCUCUCGUGUGAUUCAAUCUGUUGACACUGUAAUCACAACAGCUAAUCCCACUUCAGAAAGGGCAGAAGAUGCCUCGCUGAAGGAAGGUAUGUCGAAACCCAUGACACCUCCAUUUCCCCUAAUGAUCGACAGAGAAGGCAAUUAGCCUGGUCAUUUUCACAAUUGUAAAGAGAUGCAAUGUAAUAUGGUUGAGGUAUGAGCUUUGUUAUGUAAUUAACAAUUUAACAUGCAUUUUCAGUAUAAACUUGAGAUGGAAUCACAAUUUUGUGUUAAAAGACCUCAAAAAUGCUUUGUGUGAAUUCUGUAUUUAUCCCAUUUCUUGA